UUUAAGAAAUCGUGUUAGAUGUGUUUAGAUGGAUAUUACCGCUAGGGGCGCUGUAAACCCUACUUAUUUGAAUUGUGUGGCCCCGGAGUCACGUGGUACAGCGGCCAUCUUCCUAAAACACAAACAAGAGCAGCGAGUAGACAAGAGCUAUCAACGCACAGCGACCGUCGGAGAGAGCAAAUACAAAUAAUAUAGCUAUUAUACACAACCUAAUGAGGAUUAUAGCGCGGUUUUAGAGCACGCCAGCAGCCGGACACCACAGUCUCAUGCGCGAAAAACGAGAAGUCUCGAAGUAAAAAAAAAAAAAAAACAACUUUGCAUUUGGAGCUGCAGAAAACACGAGGUGGGAGCAGAGUCAUCGGCGUGAGAGGGGUUGACUGGCGGGGCCUGGUCAUACAGCGUUUCAUCCAGAGGUGGAGGAGGAGGAACGAGGGAGAGAAGAGAAGGGAAGACCUGAGGAAGAGAGUCACGGUCACCUGCUUUAGACAGCUGUGUUGCCAGCUGAUCAAAUUUUGGUUUUUGUUCAUAGCGUUGGGUUUCUGCAGCUCUACUUGGAUUUUAUCGUCAGUAUCAAAGUAUUUCUGUUAUCACACAAGUAUAGUUAGUGUUUUAUUUUUUUUUCAUCAUUUUUCCAACUCUGUUUUUUUGGAAUGUUUUUAUUUGUUUAAGUUUUUGGGCCUGUGAGCAGGAGUUUUCACAUCACAUUUGAACAGAUUUGUCCUUUUUCCUCCUGUACACGCCCAGUAUAAGGCAGCUAUUUCUCUAUAUUUUGGAAAUCUUAAAAUACACAUACCUUCACACACAAUCCACACGCUGUCUCACACACACGCACGCACACCACUCAGCCUUCUCACCUAAGCCUGGUCCAGCCUAGUCUUGCCUGCUCCGCUCCCCCUGGACAGGAUUCAGCUCCGAGAGGAAGAGAGGAAUAUGACAGCAGAGACACUCAAUUUCGGCCCAGAAUGGCUCCGUGCACUUUCCAGUGGAGGCAGUGUGACUUCCCCUCCUCCCUCUCCCGCUAUGCCAAAGUACAAGCUGGCCGAAUAUCGUUACGGCCGAGAGGAGAUGUUAGCACUUUAUGUCAAAGACAACAAGAUCCCAGAGGACAUGCAGGAUAAGGUGUUUGCUGCUAUUCUGCAGGAUGAGCCUCAGCAACCUCUGGCACUGGUGCCUCUCACUGAGGAAGAACAGCGGAAUUUUUCCAUGUCUGUCAACAGUGUGGCUGUGCUGAGGCUCAUGGGUAAAGGGGGUGGGGCCAUUCCUGCUAGUAUGGCCCGUGGCAGAGGCAGUGUGAGAGGUGGCCGAGGCAGAGGCCGUGGAGAGAGUGGGUUCUACCAAAGAAGUACUGAAGAUGGAGAGGUGGGCUUCAGCAGGAGCGUUAGAGAGAUCCAUCGUAGCCAGAGCUGGGAUGACCGGGGUGAGAGGCGCUUUGAGAAGCCUCUGCGUAGGGAGGGGUUGCGUGUUGGCUUUGAGGAUGUGGGCUCUGGGGGGAGGAAAGAGUUCAUGCGUUCAGACAGUGAUAACUGGCGCACACUGCGAGAGGAGCAUGAGCAGGAGGAGGGUGGAGACACGGGAGGCAGCUGGAGACUGGCCGGCUCACGCCGAGAUGAUGGUGGUCCCCGUUCAGCAGGCUGGCGGGAGCAUGGUGAGGUUCGCCGUAGAAAGUUUGAAUUCCGGGAUGGAGGGAGUGAGGGAGGAAGGAGGAGAGCAGGAAGUGAAGGAGCAGAGGAAGAGAGAGACGGACUGCCAGAGUGGUGCACUGAUGAAGAAGAUGGAGAGAUGGGAACCUUUGACUCUUCUGGAGCAUUCAUGCCCAUCAAGAAGGGCUCUAAGGACCCUAUUCCAGAAGAGGAGUUUGAGUUUCAGGGUCUAGAAGAUGAGGACGAGUGUGGUACAGAUGGAGAGAAGAAAGACAGCAAUGCUGGAGACAAAGCCGAGAGAGACGAGACCGACUCUGCAGCUGUGUGCGAGGUAGAGGUGAAAUCUCUCCCUCCCUCCUCUCCUUCCUCCAUGUCCCUCAUUGCUCCUCAGGCCGAGCCCGUGCCCGCUGCUGCCCCCACUUGUCUGGAGGAUCCUCAGCCUGCACCUGCCAUGCCCAGCAAGAUGCCAAGUGAAGUGUUACCAGAGCCUGUGUCUGAGCUGAGCCCUAGUGCCUCCUCCAGUCUGCCUUCAUCCCCUCCUUCCUCUUCCUCUGCUGCUACUGACCUCCCACCAUCGGGGGGUGACCCCGAGGACGACGAGGGCAUGAAGCACCUGCAGCAGGAGGCAGAGAAAAUGGUUGCAGCUCUUCAGGACACAUCUCUGGAGGAAGAGUGUUUCACUCAGACACUGCAGGAGAGCAGAAACACUGCAGCUGCCCUGCCUCUCUCCCACGACUCUGCCAUGAAGUGGUUCUACAAAGACCCACAGGGAGAGAUUCAGGGCCCCUUUAGCACAGUGGAGAUGUGUGAGUGGUUCCAGGCAGGCUACUUCAGCAUGUCUUUGCUAGUGAAGCGCGGCUGUGAUGAGGGCUUCCAGCCUCUGGGAGAUGUUAUUAAGAUGUGGGGGCGGGUGCCCUUUGCACCUGGCCCCUCCCCACCGCCACUGCUGUGUAAUCUGGAUCAGGACAGACUGAAGAAGCAGCAAGAGUUGGCUCUCUACCAGCAACUGCAACAGCAUCAGCUUUUUCAACUCAUUAACAGGUGCGGAGAGCAGGGUAUGAUGCCUUCGAUGAGCAGAUCAAUGUCAGUGCCAGAUACAGGGUCCAUGUGGGACAUGCAUACCUCAGCCUCACAGCCGACAGGUGGUGAGGCCAGUCUAUGGGACUUAACAAUGAAUUCUUCAACUCAGGGUCCAACUCUUGAACAGCUUCAGAAGCUCCAGGAGAGAAGAGAGGCUGAACUCAGGGCUAAGCGGGAAGAGGAAGAGAGAAAAAGAAGGGAUGAAAAGAGGAGACAGCAGCAGGAAGAACAGAAGAGGAGAGAGGAGGAAGAGCUCUUCAGGCGCAAACAGGAGCUGCUGAUGAAGUUGCUGCAGCAGGCUCCACGUCAGGGGGCUGCCGGCACAGGCUCAGGCUGGAGCACAGGCUCAGUGCCUGGACUGGGGAAGCAGGGCAAGUCCAUCAACACGCUGGAGAUUCAACAGGACACUGAGAGACUCUACAAACAGCAGCAAAGAGCCCAACAGCAGAGAUGGGCUACAGAGAGUCUGUGGGGUUCUGCUGGCAUGGAUGGGAAGGCACCUGGUGGCAGCAGUCCCUCAGGAGGCAGCAUGGGGGUUUGGGACGAGGCCUUAAAGAACCAGAGCGCCCUCCGCAGCGGCAUGGGCCUGAAGAACAGCCGCAGUAGCCCCUCACUCAGUGAUCAGUACAUGAUGAUGAAUCGCCGCAAACGAACUGAGGAUGAGGAGCGAUUACUGAAGCUCUUGCAGGGGAUGAAGGCUCAGGAUGGCUUUACCACAUGGUGCGAGCAGAUGCUGCAUGCCCUGAACACCUCUGCUAACAACUCCAACUCUUCCCUGGAUGUGGCCACUAUUGUGGCAUAUCUAAAGGAGGUGGAGUCGCCGUACGAGGUGCUGGACUUUAUCCGCUCCUAUUUGGGUGACACUGUGGAAGCCAAAGAGUUUGCCAAGCAGUUUCUGGAGCGCCGUGCCAAACAGAAAGCCAACCAUCAGAGGCAGCAGCAGCUCUCUAAGGAGGUGGGUGGACUGACCAUGAACAGCUUUCCUCUGCAGGAUUCUAUGAGAGGUAUGAACCCUGCUGCUUUGCAGUCCAUGUUUCAGGCAGUGCAUUCUGGGAAGGGAGGGAUGGGCUACGACCAGGCAGGGAAACUGAAGAAGAAACAGCCCAUGAUGAUGCACUCGGAUCCUAGCAUCUUAGGUUACUCAUUCCACGGUGCAGGGGAUCGGAUGAGCCUGAGUGAGAUGGAGAUGGUGGAGGAUUACUGAGUCCACAGCAAUAGCUACCUGAGGCCUUUUUCUGCGGGUCCAACUAAUCAGACUCCGCAAGUCCAAUGUGCACUGCUGGGGAUUGGGGGGGGGGAGGGAGGGGUGAAGAGCCAGGAUAAACAGAGAGGGGUGUGUGUGUGGAGGGGAAACUGCAGCUGAAGUAUAAAGUGGGUGUAAAUAGAGUACUGGUGCUCAUUUACACCCGUUACAACUUGAGGCUUCCUCUGUAGUGGUGUGGUGGGGAGAAAGGGGUGAUAUAUUUGGGGUGAUUAAACUUCUGGCACUUACACAAUAAGCACCUUAUUCAAACUAAUGCACUUUAUGAAGGUGGUAUAUAGAUAGGUUUUUUUUUUUUUUCUUUCUUUUUUUUUUUUUUUAAAAGAAGGUUUUACAUGUUAUAGGUAUGUGGUAUGGAUUCAGAAAUAUUCCCACAUAAUAUAUAUAUAAAUGUGUGUUUGUGUGUAUGACUAAAACUGGACAUGGAGGUGAUUGAGAUAAUGGGGGACCGUCCUGUUUGUUCAAACCGUAUCAGAAAAAGACAAAUUUCUCUUUGAAGACAAACACUGUUUUUUUUUUUUUUCUUUAUUAAAAAAAGUUUCUAUAAAAAGCUAUAUAAAAUAAUAAGAUUUUUGCUCAUAAAACUUGAAUAUUUGCACUUGUAUAAAAAAAUGAGAAAAUGACAAAAAAUGGGUUAGGAUAUAUGUUAUGGAGAUUAAUAUUUUUGUGUGUGUGACUGAGUGGGUGGGUGUGUUUGUUUAAAGCAUACCAGUCUGCACAAUUUUUUUCUUUUUUUUUUUUUUUUUUUUUUUUUUGCAUUGCUUACCAAGAUGUAUAAAAUGACAAAAGAGGCCAUUUUGUGAUUUUUCAAGCAAAUUAGAAUUUUGUACUUUGUGAGUGAAAGUGUGUGAGAGAAUGUAUGUUUGUGUAUGUUGUAUAUUUGCAGCAUCUUUGUGUAUUUGACUGAGGGGGACAGAGGGCAAUGGCACAACCCAUCCUUUUUUUUUUUUUUUUUGGUCAUUUCCUCAUCCCCAGACGGAUAUGAAAGCUGUAGAUGCAACCAGAAAAAAAGCUUUAGCUUCUUUUAUAAUUAGCAGUACUCUGCAUGCAAGUGUUCCCCCCCACCCCCUUCUGUCCACCACCCGUAUCAGUGCCUCUAGUAGGUUCAUGGGCCAAGUCCUGAGGUUAUUUGUAUAUGCGUGCAUUUGAGUGUGUGUGUCUGUGUGUUUGCGAGAGAGUGCGUUUCUGUCCACACAUGUGCCUAAGAACUUAAACGGGCGAGUGGUUGGUGUUCAUUGCUGCCAUUGAGACAUUAUUUUUUGGGAGUGUGUCUCAGAAAAGACCCCACUCCCAUGCUUAUAAACCAAGAGCUUUGUGCGUUGUGCACACCAUUCUCUGUAGUUCUUCUAGUGUAGCCUGGGGAUAGUCCAUUGACAGGAUUGUCCACUUUUUUGGGGAUGUGGCUCACAUUGCCUUGUUGUCCACUCUCUUACUCCUGAGCAAGUGACUGACUGGCUUAAAUAGAUCCCAUCAAACUGUGCAAGUGCACAAAAAUGUGCACAAAAUGUUCAUCUAAUGUUACUUGUUUGUUGUUGACUCUUUGUUAUGGCAUAUAUGUAUCUCUAUACACAUAUAUACACACAAGUAUUUGGACUACAAACGAGCACUUGGGGCUGCUACUUUUUUUAUUAUUUUUGAAAUGAUUUUCCUGUAGUUUUUAGUUUCAUUGCCACCAUGUGAAGUGUGUUGUGUCUUUUUACAAAAAAAUAUUGAAUGUAUUCCAAAAAAGGUGAAAAAAAAAAACAACAAAAAACAAUGAAGCCGGAUUUUUUUUUUUUUUAUUCAGCUCAAACGUGGAAGCGUAGUCGGAUAUUGGAAUGGAGCGAAUGGCGUCUUUGUCAAAAGCCUGUUCAGCAAGCAGCUGGAGAAUCAAGACGACUACCGCCAGAAGACACUGCCUCUACAAUCCUGUUCAUAUAGACAUUAUGACUAUGAUGAUGAGAGCGAAAAAAUCUAUUCCAUACUGGAGUUUUGGUUGUUUACAGAAAAACACUUGGACUUUUGUGGGUGCGUGUUUCCCUUUUUUGGAGGGUGGAUUAAGAAACAUUUGGGGAGGAGGUGCUGUAGUAAUCACAUGACAUGACCUUGUUGUGAAAUGGGUGUGGCAUACAGAAAGUCUCCAUUCUUGUGACUUUGGGGAUUGGGUGCUGAGAUAAGCAGUUAUUACAAAGCUGACCAUAUUUUGUUUACUGAGUUUGUUGAAUUUGUUUUUGUUUACUUUUUGCCUAUUUUUUUUCUUCACAGUGGAUUUAAAUACUUUUUCAUCCAGAGAAAAAAAGUUUGUGUUCCUGGAAAAAAAAUAAUCAAAAAUAGCACAGACCAUUACUUUUCGGUACCUUGAAAUGCACGAAUGCGAUUGUUGAUGCUUUAAAAGUUUUCUUCCCCGGAGUAUCUAGAACUGGCCUCUAGAUUUUGAUUUAGAAAAGUUUAAUGAAAAUACAAAGAUGGACAUGUCUGUGAUGUGUUGGAAAGUACAGAAGAACAUGAGGGACAUUUAUGACCUCAGCUCUGUCCUCAUAGCCUGGGGACUGUAAUUAGCCUUUCUGUUUCUAUGUGGGCGAAGGGAGUAUCGCAGCAGUUGACGUUUUUCUUCUGAAGAUAAUGAGUGAACGAUCACUGCCUCGAUGCUCUCACUAUGCACUUUUCACACACUCAAAACUGUGAGGAACCUGUGGGGACAUGUCGAGGUAGACAGAGGGCGCUAUUGAAGCAUUGCUGGCCGGACACUUCAAAUCCAGCUAAAGCCCCUCCAGUGAGAACCUAAACAGGCAUGUUGUUCCCUCUUUUUGAACUUGUACAUAAGUGAUGCUGGUUUUCUUUUUUUUUUUUUUUGGAGGGGGGGGUUUGUUUUUGUUUGUUGGUUUUUUUUUGUCCUCUUAACUCACCAGUUCUUAGGACUGAACAUAAUAUUGAUCACACCAAUGAAGUAGGCUAAUAAGACAUCAGACAUUUUGAAUGUUGGGGAAUACUCCUACUCCGUGUUCAGCUUUUUGGAGAUUUCCUGUGGACGCACUCAAGAUGCAGGAAGGAACAUUUAUUAACUGCUAGUUUCUGGCUGACGAACAGAGACUAUUCCAGCGGAUUCUGCAGAUUGACUGAGGAGUAGAUGAGUAUUUGAGGAGAUGAACAGAGCUUCUGCACAGCUGUGGAUUAAUUUCAGCAUGGAGUUGCUUGUGACUGCAACAGCAGAACUGUCUGUCUGGUAAUGGCACUAAUUAAAAUGGACAUGUGUGUCAUUUAAAGAAAACAUAUUGUUUCAUUGCUUUCAUGUUGCACACUUGUCUCUUAUCUCUUGCCUUUUUGCAGACCAGUAUACCAGAGCAUCUGACAAGGACAGUGGCCGGCUUUUCUUUCUCAUUCUCUUUCCUCCUAAUCUCAUCUUUUAUACUUUCUGCACUUGUGUGGGUAUCUCUGUCUGUCUGUCUCUGUGUGUGUGUCUCUCUCUCUCUCUUUCUCUCUCUCUGGGAGGAACACCACCGAUGCUACCUGCUCUUAGAUGUCACGUCCUUUCCUGAAAGGUGUGGAGUAACUGAACCGAUAGGAGUGUGAUGUACCUCCAUGGCUCCCUCAGUAGGUGAUCAACUUCAUCAUUGUGUGCCUAAGCGGAGCGCGAGCUACUGGAACUCUGGAACUAUGACAGACAAUACCUGUACAGACUGUUAAAACCCUUACUGCAUACAUGGCUAACACACACACACAAACACACAGUGAGGUCUGCUACGUACACAUGCAAGCAUGGUCAUCAUCCAGUAUCAAACACAAACUUCACUUCCUUCAGCUGCUGUCUCAAUUAAACCGUAUUCAAACACAGACUUCAUACCCAUGGCUACUGGCUGCCGUGUAAACUGUAUAUGCGAUUACUGCUUUUCUCUGUUGUGUGUGAUUUUUUUUUUUUUUUUUUUUUUUUUUUUUAAAUUUUUUUUUCCUCCUCUCUCUUGUUCCCUUUAGGACAUGCCUUAACUGUACAGACAAGCCUGUACUUUGGGGAAAAAAAUGCUUAGUGUGUUUAGUUAACCUGAUUUUACUCCCUUGUUUAUUCCUGAACUAAAUGAGUUAAGUAGCUUGAUCAGAGCUUUGGUUGAGGAUUAAGUGUGAUGUCUCUGUGAUCAAAUAUGUGACAAAUCCCAUCGGCCCUAAAUUUAACAAAUAAAAAGACAUUGUGUCAGUUUAAAUAGAAUCUGGCUAAUUCUAAGUGAAUAGUUUGAGGCUUAUUUGUGUUACAGAAAAUGCAGCAUGGUGAAAAUGAGGCAUUGUGUUAAAAAGCUGUAGUUUGGACUGAUUAUGUAGUGGAAUGACCUGAAAUUACUGUAACUUGGGUGGCCCAUUUUGGUCAUUUUUGAGAGAGUUUGAGCCACAUGCAGUUUUAACAGUGUCAGUGCUGUUAAACAGACAUGAUUUAUCUGACAGAAUGGUUCUGCUUUGAAAUGGCUAUGGAAAAAAAUGGUUGGAGUUCUUAAGUGCAUGAUGCCCUUUUGUUAUGAGUGGUGAUUAAUUAAACUAAAUAAUUAAUUUAGUUUAACGAGAAUGAUGGGAGUGAUUGGAAUGAAUGGCCCUGUUCAUUAAAGAUCACAUUAUCUUCAAGGACAAAAGUUGCAGGUACAUGUACCCAUGCCAGCUUUGGGCUUGAUCAUAAUCUGACCCCCAAAAAAAAAAAGAAAACAACCAACCUUAUCCUCUAAACCAAACACUUGAGUAAUGGCUGCAGGAACAUCUGGAAUUUCUUAGAUAUUUCUCAACUCCCAUCGUCUUAGUACGAAGGGAGAAGAUCAGUAUUGAGUUGGAAUCUUCUUGUCUUCACAUCAUUUGCAUGUAAUUUGUAGUGGAGGUGACGCAUUUGCCUAUUCCCAUUCUACUUAAGUUUGUCCUGUAGCUAAACUUUUAAAAUCAGAUUUAACGGUGAAAUCUUACUGAUAAUAAAAUGAUAACAUACAGAUUAAUAAGAGUGUAAAUAGUUUGGGUUUUUGUUUGAAAAUAUGAGUACUUAAUAAAUGAUUAUCAUUAAAGAUGA